AUGACCCGGAAGCAGCCCUAUCUUGCCCACUCCGGAACGCGGAUAAUCGCCACUUCGCCGUCUCGCUCCACCUACCUCGAAGCGAAGAACAUCGACUUCGCCGUCCCCCAUACCUUCUUGUGCUUCUACUACCCGAUUGGCUACCACUCGCUUCCUGACUCACGCACAACACAGUCAUUCGGGCUGCGUUGCUCCGCAUCUUUCAAUGUCUCUUCUACCCAGGCUCCGGCUUUCACCGGUAUUGCUGAUAAGCCGAGGAGGGAAGGCCGUGUCAGCAGGACAACACACUGGGAUCUCAGAAAUGUUUGUUCAUCGAUGUGA